AAAAAAUAAAAAUAAAACUACAACUUCUUCCCCUUCCCUUCCCUUCCCUUUUCCCUUUCUCCAAUCCUCUCCUUCUUCUGCCGAUACUUUUUCCAGUGGGAUAGAAAUGUGGGACUUGAACGACUCCCCAGCUCAGAGAAGAGCCGCGGGGGCAGCGGAUGAGUUCUCGGAGGAAGGGUGCUCCAAUAAUUCCCAAACCGACAAGGGGAAAAGGGUCGGAUCCGUCUCCAAUUCCAGCUCCUCCCCGGCCCAGCCCAUGGAAGACGGAUCCGAAGAAGAAGCCGCCGCAGGCGGAGGGAGAAUGAUGACGCCCAGAAGCCGGGCGCGGAGCCUGAGGAGCAGGAUAUUCGGCUUCUCCGUGGCGGCGGCCGAGGAGGAGGAGGAAGAAGAAGUAGCAGUAGAAGAAGAGGAAGAGGAUUCGGAGAUGGUGAGCAGCGAAGGGGGCCCAGUGACCCGGCAGUUCUUCCCGAUGGAGGAUACAGAAAUGGUGGGCCCAUCAUCGGCCGAAGGAGGAGGAGGAGGAGGAGGAAGCAUCGCCGGAAUCGGAGCUGGUGGGUUCCCCCGGGCCCACUGGGUGGGAGUGAAGUUCUGCCAAUCGGAAUCGUCGGCGGCGGCGGCGGCGGUGGGGGAGGUGGCGGGGGCGCAGCCGAUGAAGAAGAGCAGGCGGGGCCCACGGUCGAGGAGCUCGCAGUACCGAGGAGUCACCUACUACCGGAGAACCGGCCGCUGGGAAUCCCACAUAUGGGAUUGCGGGAAGCAAGUCUACCUGGGAGGAUUUGACACAGCACAUGCAGCUGCUCGUGCAUAUGAUAGAGCAGCGAUCAAGUUCAGAGGGGUGGAGGCCGAUAUUAACUUCAGCAUUGAAGAUUAUGAAGACGACCUCAAACAGAUGAGCAAUUUGACCAAGGAGGAGUUUGUGCACGUACUAAGGCGACAGAGCACUGGUUUCCCAAGGGGGAGUUCCAAAUAUAGAGGAGUCACUUUGCACAAGUGUGGCCGCUGGGAAGCCCGGAUGGGCCAAUUCCUCGGCAAAAAGUAUGUUUACUUGGGUUUGUUUGAUACUGAGGUUGAAGCUGCCAGGGCUUACGAUAAAGCAGCAAUUAAGUGCAAUGGCAAGGAUGCGGUGACCAACUUUGAUCCAAGCAUUUAUGAAGACGAGCUCAACACAACCUCCACCACCACCACCAAUAAUAAUAACAACAACAGCAACUCCCCUUCUGGUAGCAUGAGCGCUGCUGAUCACAAUCUUGAUCUGAGUUUAGGGAACAACUCCUCCAAGGAAUUCAAUAAUCUCGAUCACCAAACACGGCCUCAUCAUGGUUCAGCCGGAAUGGAUGCCAAUGCCGGAUUCGAUCCCAGCUGGCGAAAUCACGGAUUAAGGCCUCAGGGCAAUGAAGAGCUGCAGCAGCAGAGAAGCAAUGAGAUGGAAGCAAUGCAGCUGCUGAGCCAAACCCAGAUCCGCUCUCCUCCUGGAUCUCUCCAUUACCCUAACCACCACCUCCUCCCGCCUCCCCAUCAUUUCAAUUCUUUUAAUUUCCAGUUUGCAAGCAGCAGUAACACAGGAGGUGGAGGAGGUAGAAUUGGGAGCGAGCUUUCGUUAUCCCCAAGCAGCAAUAAUCAUCAUCACCAUCAUCAUAAUUAUAACAAUAAUUACAAUUAUGAUCAGCAGCAGCAGCAGCAGCAGCAGCAGCAGCAAUGGCAAUUAUCAGGAGGAGGACCGACGAGAGCACCGCCUCCACAACCACCAGCUCCGCCGCAGCAGAUGUAUGGAAGCGCCUCCGCCGCCGCAGCAGCAUCAUCAGGAUUCCCCCAGCCGCCGCAGAUGAUUAAUAACAGGACUCCGUCUCCAUCCCCCAACUGGCUGCAGAAAAAUGGGUUCCAUUACUCCCUCUUGAGACCCUCUUAAUUCACCAUUUUAUAUAUUAGUUUUAUUGUCAUUUUAGUUAAACCAUGAUUAACAACAACUAAGCAGCUGCUGCUGCCUGCCUCUCUGCCUGACGCCAACUAUUUGCUGCUGUAAUUAGUUAAUUUAAUUAAAGGGAGGGGGGUUUGUACUUUGUACUAUCAGGGCAAAACCAGCUUAACCAAGGCAGAAGGGGAAAAGAAAGAAACAAAAAAAAAAAAAAAUAGGUGUCCCUUUUCCUUUUUCUACGGUCUUUAUUUUUAACUUUGGAGAACAUAUAUAUAUGGUUGUUAUCAUUACUGUUAUUGUUGUUGUUGUUAUAGUAAAAAAGUAAAUCCCAAUUCAGGGUUUCUGACUCA